AUGGGGGGCGGCGGGGCGAAGCGGGCCCGUGGGUUGCCGCCGCUGCUGGCGGUGCUGCUGGGCGCCGCCUGGCCUCUGCUGCGGCCGGCGGAGCCGGCGGAGCCCGUGAGCGCCGAGCGGAGCCUGGCGUGGGGCCCCGGGCUGGACGCGGGGCUCACCCUGCCCGUGCGGUACUUCUACAUCCAGGCGGUCAGCGCGGCCGGACGCAACUUCUCCCGCUCCCCGCCAGGAAGAACACAGUUUAAAGUGGUAAUUAAAGCACUUUCUCCAAAAGAAGUCACCAGAAUUUACACCCCUCUGCCUUUGGAUAGAAAUGAUGGUACAUUUCUUAUGCGGUAUCGGAUGUAUGGAAGUGUCAUGAAAGGCUUAAAAAUCGAGAUACUUUAUGGUGAUCAGCAUGUAGCUCGUUCUCCUUAUAUUUUGAAAGGACCAGUUUAUCAUGAAUAUUGUGACUGUCCUGAAGAAGACUCUGAGGUCUGGCAGAACAUUAUGUCUUGUCCACCCCAAGAACCUCAGAUUACAAAAGACUUCGUUUCUUUUCCCACCAUUGACCUUCAGCGAAUGCUUAAGGAAAUCCCAGCGAAGUUCAGUCAAACAGGAGGUGCUAUUGUUCAUUACACUAUUCUAGAUAAUCACAUCUACCGUCGUUCCUUAGGGAAGUACACAGACUUCAAAAUGUUCUCUGAUGAAAUGUUCCUGUCACUGGCAAGAAAGGUUCGUCUUCCUGAUGUGGAGUUUUAUCUUAAUGUUGGAGACUGGCCAGUUGAGUAUCGGAAAGCUAAUGAUACACCUGGUCCUAUACCUGUCAUUUCAUGGUGUGGCUCUGUGGAUUCAAGAGAUAUCGUCCUUCCAACGUAUGAUGUAACCCACUCAACUCUGGAAACCCUACGUGGAGUCACAAACGAUCUCCUUUCAAUUCAAGGAAAUACAGGCCCAUUCUGGGAAAACAAAACUGAGCGAGCUUUAUUUAGAGGUCGAGACAGCCGGGAAGAACGUCUCCAUCUUGUCAAGUUAUCCAAGGAAAAUCCAGAACUACUAGAUGCUGGAAUAACAGGAUAUUUCUUCUUCAGAGAAAAAGAAGAAGAGCUGGGAAAGGUUCAGCUGAUGGGCUUCUUUGACUUCUUUAAGUACAAAUACCAAGUGAAUGUAGAUGGCACUGUAGCAGCUUACAGGUUUCCGUACCUCUUGCUGGGUGACAGUCUAAUACUGAAGCAAGAUUCCCAAUACUAUGAACACUUUUAUAUUGGAUUAAAACCUUGGAAACAUUAUGUUCCAGUUAACAGAAACUUAGAGGACCUGCUAGAGAAGAUAAAAUGGGCUAAGGAAAAUGAUGAAGAAGCAAAAAAAAUUGCUAGAGAAGGACAAUUAAUGGCAAGAGAAAUACUUCAGCCUCACAGGUUUUACUGCUACUAUUAUAAAGUGCUCCAGGAAUAUGCCAAACGCCAAGCCAGCAAACCUGAAAUACGGGAUGGAAUGGAACUUGUACCUCAGCCUGAUGACAGGGACUCAGUAUGCAGUUGCCACAGGAAAAAGCCUUUAAGGGAAGAUCUGUAACUGUACUGGAUGGAGAAAAUCACCCACUUAAAAUGCAAGAAUAAGGAUUAAGCUGUGAAAUCUAAGACACUUAAUGCACUAGCAAACAUUCUUAGUUAUGUAUUCUUCUUGUAUUUUCAUACCCUUUUUCACACUCACUCUGAUCUACGUUAGUUCCCACAAUUUUGGCUCCAUGACCACCACCAGAGAGAUACUGAGCCUGUAAUGGGGAGUGUCUGGGGAAUUUGUUUGAUGUACUGCAUCAUCAGGAAGAACACAGUGCUGCUUGUGUUCCAGCAGGGACCUAUUUACCAAAGUUUUGUGAGGAACCAAUCACCACAGAAGAUCUUGUCAUGAGUCAGUGCAAGUUAUUCUGAAGGAGCAUGUGUAACAUAUUAAAACAGUGUUAUGAUUUCUUCAUAAAGUUUACCUCAAUUUUAGAUGGAUUCUUUUAUACAAACAAUUUUAUUACUAGACAAAAGGAAUAUUUGGUAUUUACAGGUAUCAUAUCUGGUCUUGCUUUGAGAUUAUUUUGUGGUCUAUGACAGGUAACAGAAUAGACAACAUGAUAUAAUACUCAUCAAUUUUUGAGGAAAAUGGAGAGGAGGGGGAGAGAUUAUAAUGUUUAUAAUCAUCAUGACUGUGAAUCACCGGAAUUAAAUGCUGCUUUAAAGCAGACUGUGUAACUAUCACAAUCACAAUGUUUCGAGUGCCAACUCUGAAGGCCUGUUUCCUGCCAGUGACUGUAUCUGUGAAUAUACAAAAGUACUUGGGAAUUUCAGGCCAGGCGAAAUACAGGUGUCUUAGUUCAACAAUACCAUCUACAGUAUUCUAGGCUACUUGAAAUCUGAAAUGUGUUAACAGAGUUUUAGACCACCUAGGUUUAACUUUUGUGUAGAGCUAAGGAAUGCCACCAUCUUUUUCACUUGGGUUCAGGACUAUUUUUUCCUGUGCCUAAGUCCCCAGGGACAUCUUACUAAAUUUUCUGAAUUUGGAUCCUGCCUAACCUUAUCCUGAAGUCAGAGAGCAGAUCAGACUUCAUUGUUUGGUUCACACAUAUGACAGAAAAUCCUAUGCUGUACUUUCUGUGUAAUAGUGUAGAUGUUAGAGUCCAUAUUAAGCAAUUUGGCAGCCAGUUGUCCUCCUUGGUUUGAUUUAAAGCCAUUUUUCAAGAGAAUGCCUUAGCUCCAGACCAGACAAGAGGUCUCCAGGUCUUCCACUUAAGUUGUGCAGCCAUGAAACUAGCAAUGCAAAAUUCACAGGGCCAGAAGGAGCUGCUCAUACCAUUGCAAUAAAGCUUACCUUUGGGUGGGAAAGAAGAAAAAUCCUAGUCCUGGAUGUGGCUCCAAAUACAAAAAAUCUGUUGAUUUUUACCCAAGUUUGUCUACUUCAAAAUGCAUAAACAGUCUUGGAAGGAGACACCAAUGCCAAGACCAGUGUCCACAUACCCAUUUCUGUCCUUUGCGUUUUCACCCUGGGUGAUGUGGCUGCCUGAGGAGCUCCCAACUCAGCUACACUCAGAUUAUACCUUUCCUGGAUACCAAACUCCAUACCAAUGCUUUGAUGCACAAAGUUUAGUAGCUCUAAAUCUCAUGCUGGAUUAAUUCUAGCAUGCAAGUUCUUCACUGCAAGUUACUCACAUAAAAUUUCUGCAUUAGAACAGGAAGAAAGGCUACAUUUUUCAGUAUGUUAAAUAUGGAAAGAACUUCUGGUUUCUAAAGAGGUUAAUCCAUCAGUCAUUUAUUACAUUAUACCAGUUAAGAAAAAAUUCUGUAGUGUGUUGCUCUACCGAUAAUCCUCUUUGUUUUAGUUCUAACACUAAUAAAUAUAGUGGUUGUGUUUUUAUUUAGCAUGACAAUCAGUCCUAGACCUUCAGGCUAUAAAGAUGUGUUCAACUGGUCUGACAUAAAAUUUUCUACAUCAAAAUUAUGGAAGAGGGUUCCACUGCUGAAGCUGACACAACUGAGUAUGGGCUCUUCUUUCCUUUUAUGUGUACAGUAAUUUUUACUGUAUGGAAUGAUCCUAUUUUUGAUAUUAUCCAUUAUAGCAUGUGCAUUUUAUAUUCACCAGUAUUUUUGGAAGUGGUGUGCUCAUCAAAGACAAUUGAGCCUACCAGAUGGUUGAAGCAACAAAGUUUUCCGCACAUUUCAAACCAAUAGUCCAAAAAUUAUCCAUUUUUAUUUUUAAAAAUGGGAGAGAACAGAGGGAGUCAUGAUGUGUACUUUAUAGUUCUUUGGAAGAAUCUGCGUAGGAAAACUUCCCUGGUUUGAAACAGAAGUCUUUCAAACUGGAAGAAGAAUCAGAGUAAAUGUAAAUUAUCAAUAUAAGUAAACAUGAAUAUUUCAUCCCUCCUUCCCUCAUAAAAAGGGGGAAAGAAACUAUUCUAAAUUCUUCUCUGCCAAAAAAAUCCUUGCUUUUUAAAUAAGUAUCCCCUCAAAGCAAAGGCUGGUUUGUCACAGAAUGCCUUGCAGAUGCUUUUAUAGUUUAUGGGCAAGAAAUAUCCUGAAAAAUAUGAAUACAUUCAUUUUCCUGCCAAAAUUUAAAAAACAGUGAAGACACGGUGGAACUUUUACUAAAAGUCCAUAGUACUUUGAGAAAAUUUGGUUCAAUUUAUAACUACAUAUCUUCCAAAGAUAAAAGCCUUUCUUCUUUCCAUCUUGGUGCUACUAUAUGCAAUUUAAAUUGCAAUGAAGAGCAAUCUUAAUAAUAUCCCCACCAGGCCAGAAAGUAUGUCAGAUCUAUUUGAGUUUGAUGACAGGAUGAUAACCAUUGGCCUGGUGUGUUACAGGCAUUGUUAAAUACUCAGUAAAACCUGUUUGUGCAAGUAAAGUUUAAUACAUACAUUAAACAGUAUUUUUAGACUACUGCUACAGUAGUUCCAAAACAACAGCUGUUCAAAGGUAUAAAAAUCUCUUGGUGGUGGUAAUUCUAAAAAACGAUUACCGUGCCUCAUUACUGAAUUUUCCUAUAGAAAUUUCAGCUUUUAAAUACAGAGAGUAAAUCUGUCCUGUUUUCAUCAAGGGUUUAUGAGUAAUGACAGAGACAGGUUUAUUUGUUUGAAACAGUAUUUCCUAAAGCCCAGGGCCAAUGUUUUCAAACAUUGGAAUCUACACAGAAGGGGUCUGACUGUUGGUCAUGCAGGGCCUUUACUUUGGCUUCCUUAUUUUUAGAUUCUUUUAACCUAAGCAGUAGUUUCCUGCUGUGAACACUGCUAUUAUGUUACAUCAUGUAUGUCCUAAUAUAUUUAGGCACCUGCAUUUGGAAAUACCCCGUCUCAGUUUCAUCUUGAAAUGAGAAUUAGUAAAUCAUAAUCUGUUGAACAUAAAGGAGAUGAAAAUUCAUAUAUUUUUAGGCUCAAGAUAACCAGUACACUAGUUUCAUGACAGUAUUGUGCCAGACCCGCCUUGUAGAUUCAUAAUUAAAAAACCGCUGUAAUGAUAGCUUGUCUGAUGGAAUGUUAGAUUCAAGCAUCCAUCCUGGGAAGCAUACGCCCGGCAUUUAUUACAUUAUAAAGUAAAUUAUUUAGUUAGGGAGGAGAGCUGACAGGAAAAACAUACAUCACCUGUUGGAGCACGUUUGAAAAGCUUGCAAAGAAACUAUAAUAAGGAAAAGAAUCAUUAUAUAAACCUAUGAUAUUAUCAACUCCUUUACCACUGCAGUUUUUCAAACGUGUUAUAUCUGUAAGGGCAAGAUUUUUUAUUAAUAUACUAUUGUUUAGGUUCACAGGAUUUAACCACCAGAAUAUUCUUGCCUGUGAAUACUUCUACAGCAUUUUAAAGAGGCUAUGGGAAUACUAAUGCUUGAGUCUUGAGCACAGUGCUUCUGUUUCGAGUUCAUGAAUAAGAAAAUCUCUACAACAGAGAGCUAUGGCCCUGAUUUUGUGUUUUGCUGUAAGAAUAAGGGAAAAAGGGCUACAUGCAUGUCUGUUUGAAGUAAUUUUAGACAUCUGUAGGACUUGCCUUUAUCGAGUCCCAUCAUGUGAGCAGUGAUAAACAACAGGUGUAUUAACAGGGAUGUGGCCAGCAGGUCAGGGCAGAUGUUCCUUCACUUCUGUUUGGUAGUCUGUAUUCAGUUUUUUAUUUUUAUUUCAUUUUUUUUUAUUUUUUAUUUCAUUUUUAUUCUCUGUACAAGAAAUAUGUUGACAUAGCAGAGCAGAUCCACCAUGGACCACGAGGUGAUAAAGGGAUUGGGGCACAUGGUGUAUGAGGAGAAGCCCAGUGAGCAGUGUUAGGUCAACCAUAAAAAGAGAAGUUAAAGGAAAGAUUACCCUGCUGAACUCUAGAGGGAGGGUGUAGAAAAGAUGAAGCCAGGCUUCUCAGAGGUACACAGCAGAAAGCCUACAAACCACAGACAAAAGCUGCAAUGUGGGAAAUUCCAAUUAGAUAAGAGAAAAAAAAUCUUACACUGAUAUCCCCAAGGAGAUGAAGCUUGGCUACAUGACCUCCAGAUGUUCAUUAUUCUAUGAACUACAUUUCAGUCACACAACAAGCAUUUAUCUAGUCACAUAGCAGAAGGAUGAAAACAUGCAGCUCUUCAGUGUCUCCAAGAGGCAGUGUAGCCUUUGUGUUCUGACACUUUGUUGAUGUUUAUGUCUCCCUUGAUAAUAUUGAUGAAGUUUUGAAGGUAUUUGUUGGAUUAUAAAACUAUGAAAUUAUAAUAAUAGUAUACAUUAUUACUAUAUAUUAUCACCACAUAUAAUAGUCAUAGUCAUGCAGUACAGAGAAGAUUUGACAGAAGUAGGAUGCAUUGAUUUGGCAUUAUAUUCCUGGAUUGAAAGUGCAAGAUCUGCUCAUUCAAGAAGCUGAAUUUACACUUUACAGGAAUGAGACAAUUACAAAAUGUUUUCAGUACAGUUAUGAACCAUCAAAGUAAUUAAUUUAAAGCAGUCAGUAGGAAUAUUACUGUACUUUAUAAGUUAUACAUAAAUAUCAGCAUGUUCUCUAGGCCACUGGUGAGCGAUCAUGACAUAUUCCUAUCACACUCCCAACUCUAAAAAAAUCAGUCAGGAUCUGUACCGCAGGUUUGCAGUAUAGCGUGGAGAGACUCACAACAGCUCAGCAGAAUGCCAGAAUGGCCUGCCUGAUACAGGACAUGUGAAACAUGAUUACCUUCCUGCUGAAAACCCGUAAAAUACAUUAUCCCAGCUGGAACCUGUCUGAAAGUAGAUUAAUCCAAGCUAUACUUUUAAGACUGUAACUUACCCUUUAGCUUAUGCUUCUCAGAGAGGUUGUUUACCAUUAGAAGAUGAUUUUGCUUAUCUUUCAGUAACAAUAAUCACAUUUUCAGCUACUCUUCAUCUCCCAAAAUGCCCAGCCAAGCUGUUUCACCACUCCAGCUGUCGAGAUGCUCUUAUCUCAUGAGUGAUACCCACAACAAACCAAAAUGGUUGUUACCAUGUUAAUAUCUGACAGGACCAACACCUGAUUUUGUCUUGCAUGUUACUCUCACGAAAUUUUUCACUGUUGCAACAGAAAGAGUUCUGAGUAUUUUGUUAAUACAAAUCUGCUCUCACUGAAAAUAGUUUGGAGUGAAAACUCACUUUGCUUCCAAAUGAUGAUUUUAUUUUUUUGCUCGUAUGCUUAGUACCAUCAGCUGUUACCUGAGGAAGAAGGUGAUUUUGUCAGUACAGUUCAUUUCAUUUAAUGAAUUAAAAAACCAAACAAACUAUAUUAUCCCAAACCAAACCAAAAAACACGUAGAUAAAAGUUGUUACUCUUUUAAAGAAAGAUGUCUGGUAGAGAUACUUUGGUCUAUUUUUUGUUGUGAAGGCAAAGCAUGCCUUGAACUUCAUAAGCAAAAUAAAUUUAAAGAGAUACUUCAGCAAUAGUCUAGCUCUGUAUUACUGUACACUAUUAGUGAUCUCCAAGAUUAGAUAAUUUGAAACAUUGAAAUUAAGAGCUGGGGUUAUACAGUAAGGUUUUAUUUAAGAUACAGAAGAAUCAAAAAAAAUCAUACCUCUGACAUAAUCACUCAAGCAAAAUCCUACAGAGAAGGAGAUUCAACUAAUUCUGGCAAGUGUCCUUAAGAUAGUUUACUUAUGCUGUUCUGCAAGUUAAGUUAUUUAAAAAAUGUCAGGAAUGUUUGUUGCUGAUAGAAGCUGCAUUUCUGCCAAUAAAUUCUUUCUACUGCUUUAUGAACAAAGGAACUUUAAUGUGGACUAACCCCUGCUGACAAACUCCAGCAUGUCUUUACAACCACUCUAUAGUAUUUAGACUUUGGUAUUUCCUCUAUUUCGUGAAAGAUUCACUCGUGUUUCUAAGGUAGUCAACCGUCUCACUGAUCCAAACUUCCUGUGACUGAAAGUGAAAAGUAGCUCUAAAUUUUAAGUACCUGAUUUGUACUAAAUUAACUUGUGACUCUUUAAAAAACCUAAACAUUUAGAAGUGGUACAGAUCACUUAGAUUAUAACUUCAUAAUAAUCAUAAAUAUUUGACAAAACUUAAAUGCAAAUACUACAUACUUAAGAUGCAGAAUAAUUCUGAGUAUUUCUUGUGAAAUGGUUUCCAAAUUCUGAUUACAUGCAGGAAAGUAAGUUUUCUGUGCUAAAAUGUUGUCUCAAAUCAAACUAUUCCCAAAGAUCCAGGAUCCAGAAAAACUGUGACUUUUUCCUGACUAUUAAUAAUACUAUAUGUAUAGUGAAUUAAUACUAUGGCUAUUGCUAUUUACUCUUUUGCAAGAUAAUAUAUUUCCCUCAUUACAGUUCCAUUUCAGUCACACAUUAGCAACGGGAUCUUUUAUUUCAAAAUAAGAGAGACACAAGAAAAUUUGGUUUUCCCUGUAAAGCUUGAACCAAUCAACUCAAAACCAGACAAUCUGUGCGCUGUAAGAUGCCAAUUGGAAUGAGGUCUCCUCUAGGGACAGGUGCCAUCAUAUGGUUGUUCAUGAACGAAAUGAAAUCUUCAGGAAGUCCUUCAUGAACACACAUCUCUGAGUGUGCACCAUUCACCAGCAAAUUAAAGCAUUUACUGGAAUCUGAUGAUUGAACUAUAACGUGCAUAUGGAUUGAACCUCCAUAUGCAGUAGGUGUUUCCUCCAUUCCAGGCCCAAGUCAGUAUUACUCCAAAGCCAGACAAUUCUGCUCGUAAGUUAUCGCCCUCAACCUCCUCAAGCACUUAUGGUCCACUAUCAAAUGUGUUUGCUACAUUAAUUUAAUAUUAAGUUACACCCUGCUUUGAUGGCACGCAGUAAUGUGUAAUAGUUGUCUAACUGGAUCUGUUAAGUAGGUUACUAGGUGCAGUUGUCAUAAGUUUCCUUGGUGGAUUAUCUUGUUAAGGAGGCCAUUAAAAAUCAUUUUUGAUGGGGAAUACAAAUUAUAUUCACAUAGAAAGGCCAAACUCUCGUCCCAUUACAGUAAAUGGCAUUGGAUUUUUUGCUGAGUUCAUUCAAAUCUGUAGCAAAAAAUAAGGUCUUGCAGGUUACCUGUUCCAAUGAAAAAAAUAAGGGAAAAGCAGCAACUGUGCAUAGGCAAAUGAAAAAUUGGCUUGAAUAUCUUUGGAUUUAAGACACAGGACAUUUAAGGCUAGCUAAGCAGUUUCCUAUUUCUAGGAACUUGAUAUCUUAACAAUAGUUGAUCCCCUAAAUCAAUUCCCUUGAAUGUCUUCAUUACUUAUCAAGACUAGCUAAAAACCUAAAGCAAGUAAGAAAUUAUACAAAACUGGAAGAGUUAUGGAGAAGAAGCUUUUCUUCCUUACCAGUUAGGUCUAUUUCUUGUGAUUACACUAUCAAGCACAAUUCUAACAACUUAUGCCCAGAUAUGAAGAACCUAAUAAACGUGGCUGACAAACUGUAAUUUUCAGGGCAACAGAAACAACAUCAAGUCCCACUGAACCCAUAAAAUUGGCCCUUGAAAAUUACAUCAUAUCAGAUUGUAGUCCCCUAAUUGCUUCUGAUUUGUUCCAAAGGAAUUCUCAGUUCUAUUGAAAAAGAGAAAACUGAUAGUGAUAAUGGUAAUGAUACUGGUAAUGAUAGUGGUCACUUAUGUAAGCCAGUGCAGUAAGUAAGAAUAAAUCCAGACAUUUUCUGUGGCUUCUUGCUUAAAAUGGUUUGGCUUUUACUGCAAAACUGUGUUAAUUAACCAUCUUAUUAAUUUUGAACUUCCUCAAAUGGAUCGCUAUGCUACAUUGUCCUAAGUUAAUAAAUGGUUAAAGUCCUUUUUCCAUACUCAGUAAUUCCUUGGGAAAUAAUUUUUUCUGAUUAAAUUAAUAUAUUCUAAUAGUUCCCAAAGACUUGAAGUUGUUGCCUGAAAAGAAUACAGACUAAAACUAAGCUAAGGCUCUUUGUCACACAAGAAAUAAUGUGUAUUGAAUUCAAUCAAAACCUAUAAAAUUUCUCCUCUUUUCCUUCUUGAAAAAAUCAUCAGAUCAUGAAGAGUCAGUUGUUCACUGAUUGCUGAGACAGAUUUUCCCUUGGGAAAUAAAACAAUCAAAGAAAACAAAUCCUGAGUGACAAAAUUAGUGUUUCGACUUCACAGGAACACUUGCUGCAGGCGUGGAGCUGGUAGGUACUCCCUUGGUUGGCAUCUCAAGUUCUGGGAGCCAUGACAUCUCUCCUGGCAUUUUUCGCUGUUAUCAGGUAGAAUUCACUUACAGUAGGGAAACUAUCCCCUGUAUUUUCAGUUAGACUAGAACUAAUUACAGGGGCCUCUCCGUUCUUCUAUUGAACAAUGUUGUGUAUUUAUAUUUAUAGUUUCCUAUUUGUAUAAUAGUGUCCAUACAUUUGUAUUCUUCCCAUAUAGUCAGAAUAAUACUUGUCUGGAUUUAGCUUUGCAUUUUAAUUUAAUAUUAAAUUACAUGUAAUUGCUUUCUGUAAUAAAUCUUAAUUUGGAGUACUGAUGAAGAUGAAGGCCUCUGGCAAGAGCUGGCUCUUAAAACUGGCCUCAGCACCUUUCAAAAGCUAUCUUGUGUGUUAACACAGCUGGGCCUGCUUUCAAACAGAAUUUAUAUUACUUGCACAGCUUUUUUAUCACUGUUUCAAAGUCUUUGAAAUCAAGUUGCAAUAUCAUCAUCAAAUCUAGGGUGUGUUUUUUCUUGUGCUUUAUGUCCUCUUCUUUAUUGAAGGAUUUUGAAGCUCUUUGUUGCAUAAAAGGCAAAAAUUUUUAUGGAACAGCAUCUCCUGGCUUAAUCAGUAGAAGAAUUCUUUUCUUUUAUCUAUCUGAUUUUAUCUUGCUAGAUGAUCUAACAACAU